CGCAGUGGGCCGAAAUGCGAACUUAGGCUGUUACACAACUGCUGGGGUCUGCUCUCGCCGCCCGCCUGGCAGUCAGUAAGCGUCGCCGCCACUGUCGCUGCCUCAGCGGUUCCGGGAGUGUCAGACUCGCCGCCGCCGCUUAUCCGCGUUCCCGGGAGCCCCCGAGAGCUCCCGUUCGCCCGCACAGGCCGGUCCCGACCGUCUGCGUCUCCUCGGCGCCCCUUGCUGCCCGACUCGCUCGGCGCUCCAGCAGACAUGAGUGGCGACCAUCUCCACAACGAUUCCCAGAUCGAAGCGGAUUUCCGAUUGAAUGAUUCUCAUAAACACAAAGAUAAACACAAAGAUCGCGAACACCGGCACAAAGAGCACAAGAAGGACAAGGAAAAGGACCGAGAAAAGUCCAAACAUAGCAACAGUGAACAUAAAGAUUCUGAAAAGAAACACAAAGAAAAGGAGAAAACCAAACACAAAGAUGGAAGUUCAGAAAAACAUAAAGAUAAACAUAAAGACAGAGACAAGGAAAAACGAAAGGAAGAGAAGGAUGGUAAAUUGAAAAAACCCAAGAAUAAAGAUAAAGAUAAAAAAGUUCCUGAGCCAGACGGCAAGAAAAAGAAGCCGAAGAAAGAAGAGGAGCAGAAGUGGAAAUGUAUCUUUACUUUGGAUUACUUAAUGCAGACGUUGCAACACUCAUUAACCAAUAAUUUGUUUCUCUUUAGUCCGCCACGAAUUAAAGAUGAACCUGAAGAUGAUGGCUAUUUUGCUCCUCCUAAAGAGGAUAUAAAGCCGUUAAAGAGACCUCGAGAUGAGGAUGAUGCUGAUUAUAAACCUAAGAAAAUUAAAACGGAAGAUAUCAAGAAAGAGAAGAAACGAAAACUAGAGGAAGAAGAGGUUAGUAAAGAGACUUCGGCCCUUUUGGGGCUUGAGUUUGGAAUAGGGACAACCUUUGAGGCAAAUGGGUUUAGGGAAUUUAACUGGUCUGUUGUAGAGGAAAAACUUGCAUGUGUACAGUGGGAAGAAGAGCGCUAUCCUGAAGGCAUCAAGUGGAAAUUCCUAGAACAUAAAGGUCCCGUGUUUGCUCCACCGUAUGAGCCUCUUCCAGAGAGUGUCAAGUUUUACUAUGAUGGUAAAGUCAUGAAGCUGAGCCCCAAAGCAGAAGAAGUAGCUACAUUCUUUGCAAAAAUGCUCGAUCAUGAAUAUACUACUAAGGAAAUAUUUAGGAAAAAUUUCUUUAAGGACUGGUUUGAAUACUUCCUUGCUGUCUUCCAGAAAAUCAAAGAGGAGAAUGAAAAAUUACUGAAAGAAUAUGGCUUCUGUAUUAUGGAUAACCACAAAGAGAGGAUUGCCAACUUCAAGAUAGAACCCCCGGGGCUUUUUCGGGGCCGUGGCAACCACCCCAAGAUGGGCAUGCUGAAGAGACGGAUCAUGCCUGAGGACAUAAUCAUCAACUGUAGCAAAGAUGCCAAGGUUCCUUCUCCUCCUCCAGGACAUAAAUGGAAAGAGGUCCGACAUGAUAACAAGGUUACUUGGCUGGUUUCUUGGACAGAGAACAUCCAAGGUUCCAUUAAAUACAUCAUGUUGAACCCCAGUUCCCGAAUCAAGGGUGAGAAAGACUGGCAGAAAUACGAGACUGCUCGGAGGCUGAAGAAGUGUGUGGACAAGAUCCGGAACCAGUAUCGAGAAGACUGGAAGUCUAAAGAGAUGAAAGUCCGGCAGAGAGCUGUAGCCCUAUACUUCAUCGACAAGCUUGCUCUGAGAGCAGGCAACGAGAAGGAGGAAGGAGAAACAGCGGACACCGUGGGCUGCUGCUCGCUUCGUGUGGAGCACAUCAAUCUGUACCCAGAGCUGGACGGCCAGGAGUAUGUGGUGGAGUUUGACUUCCUUGGGAAAGACUCGAUCAGAUAUUAUAACAAAGUCCCUGUUGAGAAACGAGUUUUUAAGAACUUACAACUAUUUAUGGAGAACAAACAGCCUGAGGAUGAUCUUUUUGACAGACUCAAUACUGCUAUUUUAAAUAAGCAUCUUCAGGAUCUCAUGGAGGGUUUGACAGCCAAGGUGUUCCGUACAUACAAUGCCUCCAUCACGCUACAACAGCAGCUAAAAGAACUCACAGCCCCGGAUGAGAACAUCCCAGCAAAGAUCCUAUCUUAUAACCGUGCCAACCGAGCUGUUGCAAUUCUUUGUAACCAUCAGAGGGCACCACCAAAAACUUUUGAGAAGUCCAUGAUGAAUUUGCAAUCUAAGAUUGAUGCCAAGAAGGAACAGCUAGCAGAUGCCCGGAGAGACCUGAAAAGUGCUAAAGCUGAUGCCAAGGUCAUGAAGGAUGCAAAGACCAAGAAGGUGGUAGAGUCAAAGAAGAAGGCUGUGCAGAGACUGGAGGAGCAGUUGAUGAAGCUCGAAGUUCAGGCCACAGACCGAGAAGAGAAUAAACAAAUUGCUUUGGGAACCUCCAAACUCAAUUAUCUGGACCCAAGGAUUUCAGUGGCUUGGUGCAAGAAAUGGGGGGUCCCAAUUGAGAAAAUUUACAACAAAACCCAGCGAGAGAAGUUUGCCUGGGCCAUCGACAUGGCUGACGAGGACUAUGAGUUCUAGCCAGCCUGGAGGGGCAGCGUUCGGUGAAAAGGAACAGUGUGGUUUGCAGAAGAUGGAUAAACUGUGAGCCUCGCUUGCCCUCACACCUGAGGGAGAGAGGCGGCAAGUCUUAACAAACCAACAUCUUUGAGAAAAGAUAAACCUGAAGAUAUUAUAAGGGAGAGCUGAGCCAGUUGUCCUAUGGACAACUUAUUUAAAAAUAUUUCAGAUAUCAAAAUUCUAGCUGUAUGAUUUGUUUUGAAUUUUGUUUUUAUUUUCAAGAGGGCAAGUGGAUGGGAAUUUGUCAGAGAUCUGCCAGGCAAAUUCACUGUUUCACUGAAGCAUUUGGAUUCUCUUAGCUACUGUAUAUGAAGUCCGAUUAUAUUGGUGCGUUUUUACAGUUAGGGUUUUGCAAUAACUUCUAUAUUUUAAUAGAAAUGAAUCCCUAAACUCCCUUCCCUCUCCCCCAUUUCAGGAAUUAAAAAUUAAGUAGAACAAAAACCCAGCGCACCUGUUAGAGUUGUCACUAUCUAUUGUCAUGGGAACCAGUUUUCAUUAAACUUGAAGCAGUUGUGACAUCGGCAGUGUUUUGGUUCAGACACCUAUUCACAGAAAAGCAUGAUGGGAAAAUAUUUCCUGACUUGAGUGUUCCUUUUUAAAUGUGAAUUUUUAUUUCUUUUUAAUUAUUUUAAAAUAUUUAAACCUUUUUCUUGAUCUUAAAGAUCGUGUAGAUUGGGGUUGGGGAGGGAUGCGGGGUGAGUGAGUCUAAGAAUAAUGAAAUAAUCAGUGACUGAAGCCAUUUUCCCAUCAUCCUUUGUUCUGAGCAUUCUCUGUACCCUUUCAGAUAUCCAUCUCUUUCAUUUUAAAACCCAGUCUUUCACUUGAAAGAUUUUAUUGUAUAAAAAGUUCCACAGGUCAAUAAAUUUAGACGAAAAUGAGUAUUUGGUCCAAAAAAGAAAAAAUAAUCAAGAUUUUAGGGCUUUUAUUUUUUUCUUUUGUAAUUGUGUACAAAAUGGGGGGAAAAACAUAAAAAGCAGAAUUUUAAUGUGAAAACAUUUUUUGCUAUAAUCAUUAGUUUUAGAGGCAAUGUUAGUUUAGUGUGUGUGCAGAGUCCAUUUCCCACAUCUUUCCUCAAGUAUCUUCUAUUUUUAUCAUGAAUUCCCUUUUAAUCAACUGUAGGUUAUUUAAAAUAAAUUCCUACAACCUAA